AAACAGAUAUCAAUUUUCUGCUCAAACAGGCACUGACUAUUGUUGGAACAAUGCCUUUCACGUACAUGCUAGAGAAAUGGCGAUGGAUGGUAUUUGCUGAGCAAAUCCCCAAAGAUCAAUGGAUGAAGAAAUGGUGGGAAAUGAAGCGAGAGAUAGUCGGGGUUGUGGAGCCAUUGCCUCACAACGAAGAAUAUUGUGACCCUGCUGCUCUAUUUCAUGUUGCCAAUGACUACUCUUUCAUAAGAUAUUAUACAAGGACCAUUUACCAGUUCCAAUUUCAAGAGGCACUUUGCAACGCUUCUGGUCACACAGGGGAACUUUAUAAAUGUGAGAUUUCUCAUUCUACAGAUGCUGGACGCAUUUUGAAGGAUAUGCUUGCUUUGGGUAGUUCUCAGCCUUGGACAAAAGCUUUAGAAAGUAUUACAAAAAGCCAAAAGAUGGAUGCAACACCAUUUCGUCACUACUUUGAUCCCUUACUCAAGUGGCUGGAGAAACAGAACAGCAAUGAAAAUGUUGGUUGGAAUGUAAAUUGGACUCCAUAUUCUAAGUAUGCCAUCAAAGUGAGGAUCAGCUUGAAAAGAGCACUCGGUGAUGAUGCAUACAACUGGACUGCGAGUGAAAUGUAUUUAUUUAAAUCAACCAUCGCCUAUGCCAUGCAGAAGUACUUUUUAGAAAUCAAGACUAAAACAGUGCUGUUUCAAAGACCAUCAUUGCUGAGCCACUGCACAAUCUCCUGGGGAAGAUGACACCAUGGACUUGGGGACGGAGGGAAGACCAAGCAUUCGCAGCAGCUAAAGACCUCCUCUCAUCUGACAGCAUCCUUAUUCAAUACAACCACACAUUGCCGGUCCGGAUCACCUGUGAUGCUUCCCCUUUCGGAGUCGGGGUGGUCCUCAGCCACCGCUUACCAGAUGGAACAGAAGCACCAAUAGCAUAUUAUUCAAAGACCCUGUCACCGGCUGAGCGCAACUACAGCCAAAUUGAUAAAGAGGCCUUAGCCGUGGUGGCAGGAAUCAAGCAGUUCCACGAGUACAUAUACAGAAGACAUUUCGAGGUAGUGAUCGACCAUAAGCCCCUAUUAGGAUUCUUCGCCGGCAACCAACAGACCCCUCCAUACAUGUCCCAGAGAAUGACCAGAUGGGUCAUUUUCCUCACUGCGUACCACUGUGAGCUGAUCCACCAACCUGACAAAAACAUCAGCCACGCCGAUGCUCUCAGCCACUGCACACUGCCAGAACUAGUGGAAGACCCCAUACCCACCACCCAAGUACUGCUGAUCGACAUCAACCCAACCAGCCCAGUAACUUCCAGAGAUAUUGCAGAACACACCCAAAAGGACAAAAUAUUAUGGAAAGUUCUGAACUGGAUGUUGAGGGGGUGGCCACAGGAGAGACUGGGGGAGGAGUACCAGAGUUACCACAGCAAGUAAACCAAACUGUCAAUCAUAAAAGGCUGUGUGUUGUGGGGAGAAAGGGUCAUUGUUCCCCAAAAGCUUUGGAGGAGAGCCAUGGACGUGUUACACGUGGGGCACCCUGGGAUCAUCAGAAUGAAGGCAUUAGCCCAGAGCUGCAUCUGGUGGCCCCAGAUGGACAUUACCGAGUGAGUGGCCAUAUGCAAACUCUGCCAGGAAUGUGACCAGCGCCACCACGGGCACCCACUCAUGAAUGGGAAGCAGCCAAGGGGCUCUGGUCCCGCAUACACAUUGAUUUUGCAGGGCCAGUAGAAGGACAAACAUUCCUAAUUGCCGUGGGUGCAUACUCCAAAUGGCUAGAAGUAAUCAUUAUGCAGACAACCAUGGCAGUAGCCACUGUCCAAGCCCUCCGAUGACUCUUCGCCACCCAGUCUACCUGACAUCCUGGUUUCCGAUAACGGCCCACAACUGACAGCCAAGACCAUGGAGGCAUUCCUCACCCAGCAAGGGAUCCAGCACAUACUCAUCUCUCCUUUCCACCCAGCAAGCAAUGGGCAGGUGGAGCAGAUGAUGAGACUAACCAAGGAAACCCUCACCCAAAUGGGCCCAGGGAAUUGGCAGGAAAAAGUCAACCAGUUCCUCCUCACUCAACACAUCACCCCCCCAUAUGACCACCAACAAGAGCCCAGUGGAGUUGGGCUAAUAGGAAGAAGGCUGAGAUCGUGACUUGACCGAUAUCACCCAGACUACCUCAUACGGCCCAUGCGGGCAUUCAACAUACAGGACCAGGUAUUCACACACAGCUAUGUGGGGUACCUGACCUGGCUGGUGGGCCGAGUCAUGGCUGUCACUGGCCCCAAGUCAUACCACAUUGAGCUGGAGGACGGGCAAAUCUGGAGGAGGCAUAUUGCCCAACUCACACUACCUGGGGGACACCAAGCUGAAGAAACAGGGUGACUGGACUGCGAGUGGACGGCCAGAGCAACCUUCAAAGAACCUGAGAUCUCCGCCCUGAGUAGCACGCUCAACUGCUGGCUGGGAAGCAGAUGACUGGGAACCAGGUCUACCCAGUGGCCCAACAAGAGAACUACACACCGGCCCAACAAGGGAACUACACACCAACCCAGCUGCAACCACUUAUCUGGGAUUGAGGGCGUCCAGCGGGAAGCGAUGGUCUUGGAAGCCGAAGGAACUAGGCCGGAAUUCGACUCGCAGGCCGAGGAGCUCCAGAAGGUUCCUUCCCAGGAAGCUGGAGUAACAGCAGAUUUGACUGCUGCAGCCGAGAUCCCGGGGACAAGUGAACUGUGCAGGUCCAGCAGGAAGUUGGCGUGCCCCGCCUACCUGGAGGUCUACAUCACAUACGUUGACGGGGGAUUGGACACUGUUCAUUCUAGGGGGGAGGUGUGUUACGUCUGUAUGUACGUCAGAAAUCUACAUCAGUUUUCAUGCUUGCUGCGGAUUGGCUAGAAUCUACAUAAGAUGUCAUACUCGCCACGGAUUGGCUGUCCCAACUGCAAGAAAUUUGAACUGCUGUCAUUGGCUGGCUUGUUUGCCUGGAGCUCCUUAAAGGGUGAACUCUGGCAGCCCAGCCGGCAGAGCGAAGUCACAUUUUGCUGGAAAUAAAAAGUGCUGAAAUCACUAGCUACUCUCACCUGCUGCAUUCGCACUGAUCUAACAAGUGUAAUAGUGUAAUAGAUGGGAUUAGCUUUAAUUGUAAAUGCUUAAUUAAUUAAAUACUUUAUUAAUUAUAGAAAUUCUAUUUCUGUUUGAAAACAGGAGAGAAAAAGUAAUUUCUCUUCGCCUACAAUCCCAGUUGAGCUCUAUUUUCCAUACUCCUAGAACACAGGAAUCAAUCUCAUAGCAUCAUGAUGCUGUCAUAUGUUUAGCAACAUUUUUCCCAUUCACAGAACUGGGGUGGUCAUGGCUUGUGCUGGAUGCUUCGGGCCUGCAGACCGCCAGUUUGACAUCCUUGUCCUAGAAUGUUUCAUAUGGCUCACCUGAGCAAUGGAAAAAGAGGGAGAAAGGAGAAAAGGAAAAGAAGGAAAGUGGGAAAUAUUGUCAAGAAAAUAGAAUAUAUAGAUAAUAGAAAACAUUAUUUUUCUCAUUUAUUUUCUCAUUAUUAUCUAUUAUAAUAGAAGGAUAUAGAGGAAAAUAUCUGAUAUGAAAAUACAUAUGACUCGGACAAGAUGUUGCUUUACUCUUUCUAAUAAUUUGUGUAAGGCUGCCAGAAGUAUAGACUCAAAUAAUUUGAUCCUGAAGGAAAAAAAAAUCAUAUUUUCUAUGUAAAGAAUAUUAAGUUAAUUUUAGUUAUUGGUGUCCAUUUAUUUAGAUAUUUCAUAAGAAGAUUAAAUAUGUAUUUUUUGGAUUAUUUGAGCUCUUUUUCCACCUUUUUGUAUAUAUAAAUAAAUAUUAUGUAGUCAGUGUUUGCAAUCAACAUAUUCUAAUGACAAUGGGAGGGAUCCCUUUGUUGGCAUAUAAUUUGGAUCAAAUAUUAACACAGAUAGUUCUAAGCCUGAAUAUUUCUAAUCAA